AUGGCUUCAACCCUCGCGCUGGCCCUCGUGGGCGUCUUCGCCGUCUACUUCUUCCUCCGCGCCCUGCUGCGGCUCACCCAAGACGACAAGGAGCCGCCCGCCGUGGAAACGACGAUUCCGUUCCUUAGCCCCAUCUUGGGCAUGCUCACCCACAAGUCAAAUUUCCACACGCACAUGCGCGACGCGACCGGGCUGCCCGUCUACACGCUGCGAAUGCCCUGGUUCCGCCUCUACGUCGUCAACUCGGCACCCCUCAUCACGGCCGUGCAACGGCAGUUCCUGACCAUCGCCUUCCCGCCCAUCGAGGCUAAAGCCGCCAGGCACGGCAUGGGAGGCAGCAAGGCGGCUUUCGACGUCCUUGCCAACGACAUGAUGGCCGACGGCAGCUACCUGCGCACUUACGACGCCGCCAUCCAUCCCGCCGUUACCCUCGGCCCCGAACUCGACGAGCUCAAUCGCGCCUCGGUGCGCGUGCUCGCGGCAGCCAUCGACGACCUCCAAGAACGAGCUCCCCAAACAACCGGCCUGCUAGCCUGGGUCCGCCACAGCAUGCUUAUGGCGACCACGGCAGCCGUUUUUGGGCCCCGCAACCCCUUCGACGACCCCGCAAUUGAGGCGGCGUGGCUCAAGUUCGAGCCCGACAUGAUGUUCUUCAUGCUGAACCUGUUCCCACGCGUCCUGGCCCGGGAGAGUUUCCAGGCUCGCGAGAAAGUCGCCGCCGCCUUCGAUGCCUACUACAGAGCUGAGGCGCACCUCGACCCCGCCGCGUCGGGCCUGACCAAACGCCGCUACCAGCACAACACCGAGCACGGAAUCCCCGCCGCCGACAUUGGCUAUUUCGAGAUUGGCAGCCUCUUUGCUCUUCUCGGCAGCACUCUGCCUGCCGCCUUUUGGAUGAUCUGUCACAUUUUCGCCGAUCCCGCUCUGCUCGACAGCUGCCGCCGCGAGUUGCAGGCCGUGGUCUCUCAGGACGUCGCCGGCGACAACCAGCUCCCCGCCUAUGUCAUCGAUAUCGCCCGCGUCAGGGCAUCGUGCCCGGUCCUCCUGGCCACGCUGCAGGAGGUGCUCCGCGUCCGCGGCAUCAGCACCUCGGCGCGCGUUGUACUCGAAGACCAUGUCCUCGACGGCCGCUACCUGCUCAAGAAGGGCGCCACCGUGCUGGUCCCCGGCCCCGUGCAGCACAGCGACCCGGCAGCCUGGGGCCCGACGGUCGGCGUGUUUGACCACACGCGGUUCCUGCGUGGAGGCAAAGGGAAGCGACACAACCCCGUGGCUUUCCGCGCCUUUGGCGGCGGCGUGACGCUGUGUCCGGGGCGACACUUUGCCACGACCGAGAUCCUGGCGCUUGCGGCGCUCAUGGUGCUGCGAUUCGACGUCCAGCCCGUCGCCAAUGGAGUUGACGUUCCCUGGUCGAUGCCCCCCACCAUCAACACGCCCAUGGCGGCUGCCGUGGCGACGCCCGACCAUGACGUUGACGUCGAGAUCCGCCUCAGGGGGCCGAGAGACCAGCGCUGGCGUGUAGAGCUCUCAGGGUCUGGUAAGCUCGCCGACAUUGUGGGCAUCGUAGCCGAGGAUAUCGAUCCCUCCAGCGCCAUACACGCACACUGA